AUGGGUUUUAAUGAAGAUGAAAAUGAAUUAUUACCAAGAAUGUAUAGAUUUGUUAGAGAUUCAUUUUUCGGUAACGGUGUUUACCUAAUGUCUGGCAGAAAGCUCUUCAGACAACCGGAAGAAUUGGAGUCAUACGUGGUUGAUGAAAAAUACUUGGGAGGUGGUCAAGAAGCAAAUCCUAUAGUUACAGAGAACGCCAAAGAAGGUGGUGAUGAGGAACUGUUGUCAGCGAAAAAGGAGGGUCUAGAGACGGCAGAAGAUGACAGCUCAUCAGACACAGACGAUCUUAUCAUAGUUGAUUGGGAUGGUGAAAAUGAUCCGGAAAACCCCCAGAAUUGGCCUACUUACCAAAAGGCUAUCUUUGCCACUCUUGUUGGAUUCUUAACAUUCUCAGUAUAUGUUGCUUCAGCUAUCUAUACUCCAGGUCUUGAAGAUAUUAUGAUAGAGUUUAAUGUUUCUGAAACUGUUGCGAUAGUCCCAUUAACUAUGUUUGUUGUUGGUUACGGUAUUGGACCAAUGUUCUUAUCUCCCAUUACUGAGAAUGCUGCUGUGGGUAGAAAUUAUGUCUACAUUUCCACAUUAUUUAUUUUCUUCAUCUUACAAAUCCCAACUGCUUUAUCUAAGAAUAUUGCCAGUUUGUCUGUUUUAAGACUUAUAUCGGGAUUUUUCGCAUCUCCAGCAUUGGCUACCGGUGGUGCAUCUAUGGCUGAUGUUAUUAGAUUCCCUUAUAUUCCUGUUGGAUUAUGUGCUUGGGCUUUGGGUGCUGUUUGUGGUCCAUCAUUUGGUCCAUUAAUUGGUGGUGUUCUAACUGUUAAGCGCGAUUGGAGAUGGACCUUCUGGUUCAUGGCAAUGCUUUCUGGUUCGGCCUUGGUUAUCUUGACCUUCUUCCUCCCUGAAAGUUAUGGUAAAACUUUACUUUACAGAAAGGCUAAAAGAUUGAGAAAUUUAACUGGUAACACCAAAAUUACUUCAGAAGGUGAAUUGGAAAUUAAAUCAAUGAAUAGACAUCAACUUAUUAUUGAUAUUUUAUGGAGACCUUUUGAAAUUACCCUAAUUGAACCAGUGGUUAUGUUGAUUAACGUUUACAUUGCUCUUGUCUAUUCUGUGAUGUACUUAUGGUUUGAAGGUUUCCCAAUUGUUUUUGCGCAAACUUAUGGGUUCCCAUUGGUUACCCUUGGUGCAUCUUAUAUUUCUCUUGUUAUUGGUAUUCUCCUUGGUGGGUUGAUUUAUAUGGUUUAUGUCUAUCAAAAGUUCACUUUAAAGGUUUUAAAGGGUGAAGGAUUUGUUCCUGAAGUUUUUAUCCCUAUGUCCAUAUUUGGUUCUAUCUUAUUACCUACCGGUAUAUUCAUUUUUGGUUGGACUGCUGCGAAAGACCUUCAUUGGAUUGGCCCAAUGAUUGGUGCAGGUAUCUUUGGAGCUGGUGCAUUGAUUAUUUUCCAAACUUUAUUCAACUAUUUGAGUUCUUCAUUCUACAGAUAUUUGGCUUCGACUUUUGCUUCCAAUGCCUUGUUUAGAAGUGUCAUUGCUGGUUGUUUCCCAUUGUUUGGUAGACCAUUAUUUGAUAACUUGAAGACUGAUAGAUUCCCUGUUGGUUGGGGUUCGAGUAUUUUGGGCUUUAUUUCAAUGGCAAUGAUUGCUAUACCUGUUUUCUUUUACAUUUAUGGUCCUCAAUUGCGUGCGAGAUCAAGAUAUGCAAACUAA